AUGAACCGGUCCACCUCUGUCCUCUCGCGGUCCCCUUCCUCGUCAACCCAACGGCCGGCUGCCCCCGAGUUAACUCCCGUCUUGGAUGAGCUGAGAACCAUCUGCAAUGAUAAUGAUGCAAUAACGUCUCAGGUCGCCCUCGCUGCGACCGAAUGUCUGCUUCGUCUCCGUCACACAUUUAUCGAUAGCAAGCGCCCAAGUGAAGCGAAGGAGACCUUCCGACAUCUACAGGGUUUCCAAACUCUACUGGCUCUGCUCCGAAAGGUCUCACUAUGUUAUGAUUCGCAUGUGUCAUCUAAGGAUGAGAGGAAAGACCUACUGUCGCUUUACAGAGAUGCAUUGGCAGUACUGGCUGAGGGUUUGAAGGAGCAUUUUGGGAACAAGCGGUAUUUCGCAAAUCGGAUUGGCAGAGGAGAAGGGGCAUUGGAAGAAGUUUUCACCAUCCUGGCCAAAAAAGUUAACUCAAUUCAAGGCGAUACGGAGCAAUUCUACGGCGCGAUCUUAGCAGCGGCCCUUUGCCAGGAGACAGUUGCUAGUGUAUUCACAACCCUGAGUACUAAAUUCCAAACCGCUGAGGAGCUAUCUUCGGAUAGUGUUAGAGAAGAAGUGGACCGAUGCGUAGGAAAAUCAGAAACAAUUGAAGUGCCAGAGCUCCUUGGCCCAUUUGUUCGGGUAUGGUUAACGCAGUCGUCUGCCUCUAUAUCUGAAUACGGAGUCCAGAGACUAGCCGUGCCGGCAUGUCUAGUCCAACUCGCCUCACAGUCUCAAAGGAAUAGCACGACAUUACAUUCCACUGGCAUCAUCUCACUGAUUCUGCCACUUUUGUUCAAUGAAGAGCGCCCGGAACCCGAGAGAUUAUUCUACCAAGAAUUGGCAAAAAUACUUUGUACUCUGGGAAUAAGUAACUUGAAUGACGUGACCGCUCUGUAUCGACAAGCUCAUGACUGUCCGAAGGUUCUUCGUUUUCUCGUUGACGUUUUGAAAUGUUCUAAAGAACCACCCUUGAUACAGUUUGACUUAUCGUUGCAUGGCUAUUGCUCCUUAGAACUAUCAACCAUGGGUCGCUCAUUCCCACCGGCAACUUCUUCUGGUUAUACCUUAGCAGUCUGGGCACGGUUUGACCAGUUUGAUCCGAGCACUCAUACGACGAUUUUUGGAGCUUUUGACGCAAGUCAAACUUGCUUCUUGCUCGCGUACCUUGAAAAGGAUACACGAAACUUCAUAUUGCAGACUUCAAUUAGAGGGCCUCGUCCUAGCGUUCGGUUCAAGUCUAUAUCCUUUGAACCUAAUCGAUGGUACCAUAUCUGCGUGGUCCACAAGAAGCCCAGGCCGCCGUCAUACUCCCGGGCAUCUUUAUUUAUAGAUGGCGAAUUCGUUGAGCAAUUGAGGAUCGAGUACCCGUGUAUGCCGGUUUCCAACUCUCCAAAUAGGCCGCCAAGGGUUCAAGCGUUCUUUGGGACCCCUCAAGAUCUGGCGAUGAGGCUGGGGAAGGGUAUCUCAACCUCUCGAUGGUCCCUAGCUAAUGCAAUUCUGUUUGAAGAAGCAUAUAGCGACGAUAUGAUUGCCGUCUUUUACAAUCUCGGCCCACGUUAUUACGGCAACUUUCAAGACUGUCUAGGUUCCUUUCAGACGUAUAAGGCCUCUGCAGCGUUGAACUUGCGGAACGAGCAUCUGCAUCCUGGUAAAGAGGAGUCAUCGGACAUUGUUACUGCUAUCCGGCGAAAAGCAAGCACUCUUGUUCGUGAAGGGUGCAUAGCAGUUAAUGUUUCUCCCCUAUCAGUUCUAGACGAUGAGGAUAGUAAUAAUAUUGAUGAAAAUAGGCUUGUUAAGUAUCUUUCGAAACAAGCAGCCAAAAACUUGCAUCAGCUGACAAAGUCUGGAGGAAACGCAGUAGCUGUCAACGGCGCCACUCCCGCUAUUAAUGAUGCUUUAACCCAGGCCCAUGGCGUCGGUAUCCUGACGGGGGAUCCUGUAGUUGCAGUACCACAGUCGUUGGAUGACGCGAGCUGGCGUAUCGGAGGCUGUGCGGCGGUGCAUCUGAGCUUGGUUCACGCGGCCAGUACCGCUGAAUCUACACUUUUGGCGGUAGAAGCAUUGUACGAGGCUGUACAAGACAACUGGCGAAACAGCGAAGCAAUGGAGAAAGAAAAUGGGUAUGGAAUUCUUGCAGCAUCGUUACGCGAGAAGCUGGCAUCUCCGUCUCCAGCAACAGGCACUGCCACAGGCCCGAAGACUUCCAAUGUCUGCUCCACAUACGAGGAACGAUCUACUUUGGCUUUCGAGCUACUUCGUUUGACCCUCAAAUUUGUCGGUUAUGAUUUCGAACAACCAAAUCGCUCGAUCAUCACGAAUCCUCUAGCAUACAGAAUCUUGCUCGUGGACCUAGAUGUGUGGAGAUAUGGCGAGAUGCCUCUCAUUGAAUUGUAUUACUCCCAAUACUGUAUAUUUGCCAGCGAAAGCAAGUUCCGUCGGUUUAAUGCAAAGCGUCUCGCCCGCAUGCGCGUUAACAAAAAGUUGCUCGAGGCUCUUAAGGGAGAAGAGUUUACGCUGGAGGGUCUGCGCCUUUUUACUUCCGCCUUCGGGUCGCUGAUGGAGGGUUGCUUGUCUGCAGACUUGUUCCGUUCUCUGGCCCUUUUCAUCACCUAUGGUAUCCAUAAGCCAAAGGAGCCGAGCAGGUUACAGAAGAAGAAGAGCCUACGGUUUAAUACGGUUACAAGGCAGCCCACACCUAGCCCCGGCCAGAAGUACGUUGCAAGCACUACGGUAGCGAUAGAGAUGCUUAGGAUGUAUUGCUCUCUUCUGUGCAAUGCACAUGAUCUUGGGCCGAUAAAGAGGUUUGCCAGAGCUGUUACAAACAAGUGGCUUUUGUACCUUAUGUGUGAGGACGAACCCGAGAUUGUCAUUUUGGCAACGAAGAUCAUGGCUCGUUUGAUAGUGAUCCAUGGAGGAAGUUAUAGCAAGAAAUUCAGCGACAAAACUGGGGGCUAUAUCAUAAUGCGACACUGUCUAAAGAAAUGGUGGAACGUCCCAAGCCUGUGGCCCAUCUGCUUUGCGAUACUUUUUGGCGUCGAUAUUGGUAAGGUCAACAUUGAUAAAUCGCUCGAUCAGUCUUCUCUUUCCGAGCUCUUUUGCCCUAAAGGCGAAGCUCAGGUUAUAUAUCCUGAAAUGCUUCCAGUCAUCUCCGAUAUGUUGCAAUCUGGUUUGAAGCCGACAGUAUUCGCUGAGUUCUCAGUGGUAAAUAAGCCGAGCCCCGAUGCUCCUUCGGAUCACCUUGUGCAGUUCACCAAGCCGUCUAUGUCAUUCUCCGCACCCAUCAGUACGACAAGUGAGGGGCUGUCACUUUUAACCGCCGUUGUUGAAUUUUUCGCUGUAGCGCAAAUAAAGUCACAGAGCUUCCGUGAGUUCGCAGCACGGCCUGAUUACGUCCAAAGCCUAGUUUCUAUUCUUUUCCCUGUUGUUAUCGGCUCCGAUGCUGUAAGUCCGGACGUUGAGUUAAGCUCUCAACCUCGUAUGGGUGAUCUAGCAUUUGAUGAACACCAUCUAGUUUCUCGCCCACGCUCGCGAAGAACAUCUGAACUACGAACAACUACUGUUGAACAGCCUGGAAGCCAUGAUCAUAGUGGCGGGCCUUUAAGACGCGGUUCAUCCUUCAUAUUAGUUUCCUCUGAUCGAGGGAAAUACAUGCCGUCCUCUCACCGGAUACGUCGUGCUUUCUCACACAUGAAAAUUGACAGCAAAGGGACAACUGACCACCCUCUCAUAACGGGCAUUCUUAAUCUAGCUCUUUCUGUAUUCUCAGAGCAGCUUCUAGAGAGGAAGGACUUCUCUGGUCUGGGGCUCUAUCUCAAGACGCCACCUGGAUUCCCCGAACAUCAGGCGUACUUCAACUCCUGGGUGUUACGCAACCUUCUUUCUACGCUUAAGGAUGCCAUAUUCUCAAGGGUCGAGUUACUGGCCGAACCCCGCGUGCUCACUAACUUGGGACGCUUCACAACACACCUAGGAGAAGCAGUGUAUGAAGGUUGGUUCUUCGACGGUGCCAUUGCCACUCUUGAAUUUGCAGGAACAAUCUUAGAAUAUCUCCAACGGCCUGAGGUCUCGCGCCUGAAGAGUAUAAGGCUCUGCAGCCAAGCGAUAGCAACAAUCCGCUCGACACUGUUUCGUGUCGUUUUAUUCGGACUAUCAGAGGUCGACGGAACGGAGGCACUUUCUUUUCUAAAUCGCCUCUCAUAUUGGCAAGUAGUACUUCUUUCCGGGGAAACCCAGCCCGACCACCUGCAGUUGCUAUGCUAUCUUCUCUAUACGAAAUUGAUCGAUAGAAAUGAAAAUGUACGCUUGGCUGCAGCUAGUCUUUUUAGGAUCAUGCUAGUGCAAAAGCCGAUAGAGAUGUCUACCAUCCUAAGCCAAGCAACAGCACCUCUACAGCAGCGGCUUUCCGGUGGCUUUGAGGCUCUUGUUGGAAUGGAUGAUAUUGCCUUUUUGCAGUGGGUUGAUGACCAGGAGAAUGACUUGAACACCAUGUUUUUCGGAAUAUUAUCAAAAGCAUGGGAAAGCUUUGUCCAAGAAGAAAACGCGAGCUUAGAGUCAUCAGCACGCGCUCGAAUUUCUAGGCGUCAUGAAAAACUGAAGCAGUGGGAUCAGGUGGAAAAGCUCGAUGAAGAAGUGAUACGCAAGCAUGAGGCUACCUUCCCUCACUGGAUAUCGAACAUAUCAGCCUCGGAGUUCUUGAAAUAUCAAAGAGCACUACAGGAUCAACAAGACAGUUCCACGUUUAUGUGGGCGGCACUCGCACACUUGAACAUGGACUUGCGACGCUACGGAGGUGUUUUUGCUGAACAAAAGGAGAGAAGAUGGCGGCUUGACCAAACAGAAGGGCGAAGCCGUAUGCGGAUACGUACUGUACCGGAUGACUCAGAAGAGCAUCAAGUUUAUCAGCCGAAACGAAAGGCGUCAGAGCCUCCGGCGAUGAGAUUAGACACGCAUGUUACCUCUUCAAACGGGGAGUCAUUUGGCCUGACUCCCACUGCCAUGGCUGCCGACCACUCCGAGGCUAAUUCUCAGGGUAUUGGUCCUGACAGUAGGAGCGUACUUGAAGAAAGCUUCGAGAUGAUUGACGACCCGAAGGCAGAUCUUGAAGACUAUGAAGACAAGAAUAGAAAAGUCAUGAGAAGCCUACACCGUGGCGACCAAGUCGAUAGUGUUUGCAACAUGUCGCGUAUUGUUGGGUUGGAGGCAUGUGAAGGUCUUUUGAUUCUUGGAAAGGAUCACAUCUACAUUCUGGAUAACUUCUUCCAGAGGUCAGAUGGCGAGAUUGUCAAUGUCUGGCAAGCCCCUGCCGAGGAACGAGACCCUUACGUUCGCAUGAUCACUGGCAGAGAGUCGAAUGAACGUAAAUCACAGGAGCAUGAAACUAGAAGCUGGAAAUGGUCGGAUCUAAUUAGUGUCUCCAAGAGGCGAUUCCUAUUUCGCGAUGUGGCCCUCGAAAUAUUCUUUACCGAUGGAACUAGCUAUUUGCUGACCCUCAUAUCAUCGCCCGCCCGAGAUAGCCUUUGUAGCCAACUUGCGACCAGGGCUCCUCAAGUAACAGGAAGUGUUGGCCACUCAAGGCCGGAGGAUAUCUGGAGAUUUGAGACCCUUCGAAGCCCGGAAGAUGCGCCUCAGUCCCUUGGUUCGAGAUUCGCCAGCGUAUUUGGUCAUUCACCGGCACACCCUGCAACGCGCAAAUGGGUAAAGGGUGAAAUCUCCAAUUUUCACUAUCUCAUGCUCAUCAAUACCCUCGCUGGAAGGACGUUCAACGAUCUGACGCAGUACCCUGUUUUCCCAUGGGUGCUUGCUGAUUAUACAAGCGAGGAGCUGGAUCUGACCAACCCACAAACUUUCCGUGACUUAUCAAAACCCAUGGGUUGCCAAACCCCUGAGCGCGAGGCUGAGUUUAGGGAACGAUACAAGGCUUUCGCAGAGAUGGGAGCAGACGACUCUCCCCCGUUUCAUUACGGAACUCACUACUCUUCAGCUAUGAUUGUUAGCUCAUACCUGAUUCGUCUCCAGCCAUUCGUGAAAUCAUACCUUCUACUUCAGGGUGGCACAUUUGACCACGCUGACCGUCUUUUUUACUCUAUCGCUAAGGCUUGGGAAUCCGCUUCGCGCGGGAACAUGUCGGAUGUGAGAGAGCUAAUACCUGAGUUCUUCUACCUCCCAGAAUUUCUUGUCAACUCCAAUAAAUACGACUUUGGAGUUCUACAGAACAUGACUACAGCGAUUGAUUCUGUGGAACUGCCGCCAUGGGCGAAGGGCGACCCUAGAAUAUUCAUUGCAAAACACCGUGAGGCUUUAGAGAGUCCUUAUGUAACCCAGAACCUGCACCACUGGAUUGACUUGGUGUUUGGCUGCAAACAGAAAGGAGAAUCUGCAAUUGAAGCGGUCAAUGUUUUCCAUCACCUAUCAUAUCAGGGAGCCAAAGAUGUCGAUGCCAUCGAUGACCCUGUUGAACGACUUGCUACAAUUGGCAUCAUCCACAACUUUGGGCAGACACCACACCAGAUCUUCAAUCGUCCUCACUCACAGCGAGAAGAUGUGCGCUACAAGGUCCCGCGCUUAGACCGCCUCGCUGAGUCACUUACACAGCAGCCACUUUCACUUCUGGAUAUUGGCGAGAGAGUGUCAUCACUUUCAAUGAAACAAGACCGCCUGUUAUGUGCUGCUGCUCUCAGGCUAAACAUCCCACCCGCCUAUGACAAGUAUAUGGAAUGGGGCUUUUUCGAUGGUAGCGUGAGGUUCUACUCAGCGGAUAAUCGAAAGCUUCUGGGACAUUUCGAACACCUUCAUAUUGGCCAGCUGUCUGCUGCAGUAUUUGCGGAUUCCCGUACGUUGGUCACCUCAGGCGUGGAUUGUACCGUUUCGACAUGGACAUUCACCUCCACGGCAAAGUCUGUAGAUCUACAACCUGCAGGGUCUCUAUUCGGACACCGCUCGCCUGUAACGGUAUUGGCAGUCUCGCGUUCAUUUAGUGUUCUCCUCUCUGCAUCUACUGAUGGUCAGAUUAUGCUUUGGGAUCUCAACCGACAAACCUUCGUUCGAGAGCUUCCGGCCAAGGGAUACGUAGAUUGUGCAAGAAUCAACGAUGUAACUGGAGAAAUAGCGGUUUGUCGGGGAAGUCGACUCAGUCUCUACACACUCAACGGGACGCUGUUGCUGGACCAGGCUGUGUGCGAGUCAGACGAGGACCAGGUGAUGACCUGUGUCUUCUAUGAGGGCGUGAACAAUGAGUGGCAGGAGCGAGAGCUUCUCUUCACCGGCCACAAACGAGGUGUUGUCAAUAUUUGGAGUAAAAUCGUUCACAAUGGGCGCUUUGAGUUUGAAUUGAUUCGACAGCUUCAUCAUACUGACAACAGUCGUGACAAUGGAGCCAAUAUCUCUGCCGGAAUCAGCUAUAUCCUUACGCUCCCGCAUGUGGUCUACACGGGUGAUGAAGUGGGGAAAGUGUAUGAGUGGAGCUGCGUCCAGCGUCGCUAA